UCCCUUCAAUGAUUCCAUCGCCCACCAUCUCCUUAAACCACCCAUCUCUUUCGCCAUCAUCAAUGGAGAACUCUUGGAUUUUCUUGGCCUUAACAUGCCUAGCAACGCUAGCUCUUCUCUCCAAACUUUUCUCCCGGCGACAGCCGUCUCGCCGGAAACUUCCACCGGGGCCAAAACCGUGGCCCAUAAUCGGCAACUUAGACCUCCUCGGCCCCAUCCCACACCAAUCUUUCCACUCUCUCUCCAAGAAAUACGGAGACUUGAUGCUCCUGAAAUUCGGCUCCCGGCCGGUGGUGGUGGCGUCGUCGCCGGAAAUGGCGAAGCAGUUCCUGAAAACCCACGACGCCGUCUUCGCGUCCCGGCCGCUGCAUGCCGGCGGCAAGUACACCAGCUACAACUACCGCGACAUGACGUGGGCCCCGUACGGCCCCUACUGGCGCCAGGCGCGCCGGAUUUACCUCAACGAGGUUUUCAGUACGAGGAGGCUGGAUUCCUUCGAGCACAUUCGCGUCGACGAACGCCGCUCUUUCCUCAACACCCUCAAAUCUCUCUCCACCGGAAACCCAGUUUUCCUGAAAGAUCAUCUUUCCCGGUUCAGUUUAUGUACCAUGAGCAGAAUGGUGCUAAGCAACAAGUACUUCACCGAAACCGAAGCAGAUCAUCAGGGAUCUGUAGUGGCUGAGAGUUUUCCUCGUCACCUAGCAGUUAGGUUGGAGGAUUUGCAGCAUCUGGUGGACCAGUGGUUUCUGCUUAAUGGAGCUUUUAACCUCGAGGAUUGGCUUCCAUGGCUGAGCUUCUUGGACCUGCAAGGCUAUGUGAAGCAGAUGAAGGAGCUGAAUAGGGUUUUUGACAGGUUCCACAACAUUGUUCUUGAUGAUCACAUGGCUAAGAAGAAAGAGGUUGCAGAGAAGAAGGAUGGGUUUGUUCCUAAGGAUAUGGUGGAUGUGUUGUUGCAAAUGGCUGAGGAUCCUAAUCUUGAAGUUAAACUCACCAAAGAUUGUGUCAAAGGGCUUGUGCAGGACUUGUUGACUGGGGGGACUGAUAGCUUGACAGCAGCAGUGGGGUGGGCAUUUCAAGAACUCAUGAGGAAACCAGACAUCAUCCCAAAGGCGACCGAGGAACUAGACCGAGAGAUCGGGAAGGAAAGGUGGGUAGACGAGAGCGACUGCUCUCGGCUACCCUACAUCGAAGCUAUCAUCAAAGAAACAUUCAGGCUACACCCACUGGGCACCAUGCUCGCGCCACAUUACGCCAUGGAAGACUGCAAUGUGGCGGGCUAUGACAUCGCGAAAGGCACAACUGUCCUAGUUAACGCCUGGUCGAUAGGGAGAGAUCCUAGGUUCUGGGACGAUGCAGAAGAGUUUAAGCCCGAGAGGUUCCUGGACAACAAUAUCGACAUGGAUGGACAGAAUUUCGCUUUCUUGCCAUUUGGGUCCGGGAGGAGAAGGUGCCCCGGGUACAGCCUCGGGCUUAGAGUUGUCCGAGCAACACUAGCUAACAUGUUACAUGGAUUCACCUGGAAAUUACCCCCAGGCAUGAAGCCAGAAGACAUAUCCAUGGAAGAACACUAUGGACUCACCACACAUCCCCGGUUUCCAAUCCCCCUCAUCAUGGAACCGCGCCUCCCUUCACAUCUCUACUCGCAAUCCUAAUCCUAUAUAUCCUCCGCUUAAACUUCCAAUUGAAACGAAACACAUCCUUAAUAUAGUCAAAAAUCAAGUAGAGAACAUCCAGGAUCAGGACAGCAUAUAUACAUUAAACAUAUGUUAUCUGUCACUUCUUGUGCUGUGUGUUUUCAUAGGAGUGGUUGAUCCAAUAACUUCUAGCCAUAUUUUUGACCACUUCAAAGCAGUUUCUAACAACCACAGAGUUGACUAAUGAUGUAUUAGUGAAUCUGCAUAUGAUUAAUUAGUUCUGUGGAACCAAGUCUAAAUUGUCUUAAUUUAUACCUCAAAUUUCUGGAAUCUGAACCAAUAAUCUUUCAGUUCUAGUAUGAA